GAGAUUCCUUUAUUUUGGUUAACAAAUCUGGAUAUAGGUUGUCGUUUGAAAAACAGGCACGCGAAGCAAAUCAGGUGACAGCUGUAACAAUACAGACUACAAAUGUUCACGGUGAAGGACUGAUUGUAACCACCACUAGUCCCUAUGAGCAAGCUGCUUUUGGUUCGAAGACUGAUUGGCGUGUCAGAGCAAUAUCAGCCACAAAUUUAUACCUUCGAGUAAACCAUAUAUAUGUGAAUUCGGAGGACAUAAAGGAAACGGGCUAUACUUAUAUCAUGCCAAAGAACAUUUUGAAAAAGUUUAUAUGCAUAGCAGAUCUUCGAACACAGAUUUCUGGGUAUUUGUAUGGUAUAAGUCCUCCUGACAAUCCUCAGGUUAAGGAAAUCCGGUGCAUUGUGAUGCCACCACAGUGGGGGACUCAUCAACAAGUCCAUCUCCCAUCAGAUCUGCCAGAACAUGAUUUCUUGAAUGAUUUGGAGCCUUUGGGAUGGAUGCAUACUCAACCAAAUGAAGUUCCGCAGUUGUCGCCUCAGGAUCUCACUUCACAUGCUAAGGUCCUAGAGAACAAUAAACAAUGGGAUGGGGAGAAGUGUAUUAUCUUGACUUGCAGUUUUACUCCGGGUUCUUGUUCUUUAACUGCAUAUAAACUAACUCCAUCUGGUUAUGAAUGGGGACGUAUUAACAAGGAUACAGGAAGCAACCCACAUGGUUAUCUUCCCACUCAUUAUGAGAAGGUUCAGAUGCUCCUCAGUGAUCGCUUCAUUGGUUUCUACAUGAUUCCUGAUAAUGGUCCAUGGAAUUACAACUUUAUGGGAGUGAGGCACGCAUCAGGCAUGAAGUAUGGAGUGAAGCUUGGGACCCCUAGGGAAUAUUACCAUGAAGAUCAUAGGCCAACCCAUUUCUUAGAGUUCAGCAAUAUGGAGGAAGGGGAGACAAUCGCCGAGGGAGAUUGAGAGGAUACAUUCUCUUAGAGUGUGUUUGAGUUGGAGAUUGUAAAAAGUGGUGAAGAUGUUUGAUUACGGCUGGAUCCUUGUGGAGCUGGGACAGUCUAUAUCAGAUUAAUUUUCAGUGGGGCGUUGGAUUCGGCGGCUGUUUUUGGUAACAAUGUGCUAGAAUUAUCACACACUGUAAUUUUGUUUGUACUAAAUUUACAGGUUUUGCUCAGCUAGAACUUGAAUUACAUAGUCACUGCACAUUGAGAAUGUCUCAACUAUUGUUACACUGAACUGUUAGCAAUACUUGUUGGCAAAUGGUUAGAGAAAUAAAUUUCUGUGUUAGUUUUGUUUUUUAAGUAAUCAAUGUACAACUCCUCCAAAAGUAAUCAUGUACAAUGAAUUUUUGAA